AUGCCGGAGAAGGAGGACCCAGUCUUGAAGAUGGCUCUAGAUGCAAGGAGGAAUCAGAAGAAGAAGAAUCGGGGAACUGGUGCUGCAGAGAACUCGGCCUCAGCAGGUUCUCCUCGGGUGAAGGAGGACGAGAGGGCUUCCAAGAGAUCUCGUGCUACCGAGGGGGGACGCCAUGAGCCGUCGAGCCUAGGUCCCGAGCGUGGCUUUGUAUUGCCUCCUUGCUACAAGGAUGGAGGUUAUUUUGAGAAGUUUCCCCUGGUUACCUCUCCGGAUGAAGCUCGUCGGAUCGCCAAUGGUGGCUCGGGCUCGUCCGAGGCCCUGAAGGAGGCGGAGGUGGCAAAGAAGACUGCCGAGGACAGGGUGAAGACCCUGGAGACUGAUCGCACGGAAUUGAAGAGAAAGAUCGACGCGGUUCUCAAGCAGAAGGACGGGGAGAUUGCGGCGGAGAAGAAAAAGCUUGCCGACCUUCAGCUUGAGUGGGCUCCCUCGGCUGACGAGUCGUCGGAUGUGGCCGCUCUGCAGACUAGGGCUGAAUUCGUGGAGAAGAUAGAUAGCCUGAAGAUAAGCUUGGCCGACAUGGCUGAAGUCGGUUUCGAGCGUGCUGUCCGUCAACUGAGGCUUCUAAACCCUGGUUUGAAGGAGGAUAAUAUCGGGCUUUCUUCGAAGAUUGUGGACGGCGCGUUGGUGCCCGAGUCUCCAGGGAGUGAAGAGUAG